AUGGCGGCGGUGCAGCUGAGCCAUGCGGAGCGCCCGUCACAUGAGCAGGCUGCUCCCGCUCCGGACCGCCUGGCGGCCGUGGACUCCAUGAGGGACGAGCUGCGAGCGGUCAGCUGCGCCCUCUUCGGAGCAGGCGGCCUCAGACUGCACCCCGGCGAGGCGGCGGAGCCGCUGGGCGGCGCGGCAG